CUGAGCGCGGGAUUUAGAAGGCGCGAAGAGUUGGGGAGCGCCGGGCUGGGGAGAUAGACGCAAUUUAGUUCCCGCGCGGUGGACGGAGGGGCGCGUCAAUCAAAGGCGGUGGGAGCCUGUUGGCCCGCUCGGAGGUAGAGGAAAGGUGCGGGACGAAGUUGCUUUUGCGGCUGUGCACAAAAUCGAAAAAGAGCUCUUUGCCAGAUAGCGUGGUUUCUCCUCUAUUAUAUUGCCUCAGAUUCAUAGACUGACCAGUUGAGAUGGGAAUCCACGGUUUGGCUAAGCUGAUUGCAGAUAUGGCUCCUGCUGCCAUUCGAGAAAAUGACAUCAAGAGUUAUUUUGGGCGGAAAGUGGCCAUUGAUGCCUCUAUGAGUAUUUACCAGUUCCUAAUUGCUGUAAGACAGGGAGCUGAUAUGCUGCAGAAUGAAGAAGGUGAGACCACAAGCCACCUGAUGGGUAUGUUCUACCGCACUAUCCGCAUGAUGGAAAAUGGCAUCAAGCCUGUCUAUGUCUUUGAUGGCAAACCCCCCCAGCUGAAAUCAGGUGAAUUGGCUAAGCGUACUGAGCGCCGGACUGAAGCAGAAAAGCAGCUGCAAGAGGCCAAAGAGAUGGGUGAGGAAGAAAAUAUAGAAAAGUUCAGCAAGAGACUAGUUAAAGUGACUAAACAGCACAACGAUGAAUGUAAAAAACUGCUGACUUUGAUGGGCAUCCCAUAUGUAGAUGCCCCUGGUGAAGCUGAAGCUAGCUGUGCUGCGCUAGUGAAAGGAAACAAGGUCUACGCAGCUGCCACUGAGGAUAUGGAUUGCUUGACCUUUGGCAGCCCUGUGCUAAUGCGGCAUCUUACAGCGAGUGAGGCAAAGAAACUGCCCAUUCAGGAAUUUCAUCUAAACCGUAUUCUCCAGGAUAUGAGCUUGAGCCAGAAAGAAUUUGUGGACUUGUGUAUAUUACUAGGUUGUGAUUACUGCGAAAGCAUCCGUGGAAUUGGACCCAAACGUGCAGUGGAACUCAUCAGGCAGCACAAAAACAUAGAGAAGAUUAUUCAGCAACUAGAUGCUAAGAAGUAUCCUGUGCCUGAGAACUGGCUGCACAAGGAGGCCCAAAAACUCUUCUUGGAGCCUGAAGUUGUAAACCCAGAAGAGGUGGAGCUAAAGUGGAAUGAGCCUGAUGAGGAAGGACUGGUUAGCUUCAUGUGUGAGGAGAAGCAAUUCAAUGAAGAAAGAAUUCGUAAUGGGAUCAAGAGACUGAACAAGAGUCGACAGGGAAGCACUCAGGGCCGGCUGGAUGAUUUUUUCAAAGUGACCGGCUCAAUUACCUCAGCUAAGCGUAAGGAGUCAGAGCCUAAGGGAUCGGCCAAAAAGAAGGCCAAGAGUAGUGGUUCAGCAACAUCAAAAUUUAAGAAAGGGAAAUAAAGUUCUAGAACAGUGCUAAGUCUUCAACACUCCACUUUUCCUUGGACAAAAUAUAUUAAGCAGCAAAUCCAGGCUUUCUUCUGUGACAUACAGUUGAUUUACAAUACUCAAAAAGUGAAAGAAUUGUUGGUUGCCUAUUAACAAAAACAAUACUGCUGCAUUCAGAAGGUGUUUGGAAUCUUUGGUCUCCAAAGUUUCUUGUUGAGAGCUACUGUCGCCUUGAGUAUUAUGAAAUCUCAGUCAUGCCACGUAUGGUGUUUAAUCUAUUAUUGUUAACGAUAAUGUGAUGAAAUGACUUAAUUUUGAGUUGCAGAUUUCAAUCAGUAUUGGCAACCUGCUAAAUGUGCAUAGAUACUAAAAUAAAUUUUAUAAGAUUGCAAUACAGUGUUUACUGGAAAUAUCUGUGGUGUUCAGAAAUGAACUGUUACAGCUGCUAUUCAAUAAUCUGUUCACUAAAACACAUGUCAGAUGGGAUAGCUGUAGAGGUGAUACAUUAGCUUCUCAUUCAGCCUUGUUUAUAACUUAUCUUUGGCCAAAAAGGACUUUUAUCUUCAAUGACAACAAUUGCUUAGAAAGUUGGCCAUAUCUGAGGAUUAGAAAGUAAUAGUAGUUGAAAACUGGCAGUAAUGAUAACUUGGCAGUGGGUAAAAAAACUUCAAAGGAAGUCAGAAUCUUAAGAGAGUUUCAUGUAUACUUUACAGUACAAUUGAAAUUUUCAUACUGGUCUUGGCAUUUGAUUUAUAACAUUUAACCCUGCAUGGGUUAAAAAUAAGCCAUUUUAAUUUUUUCAAAUGUAUAUAAUAAAUCUCCAUUUUCAUUACUACAUCUUGCUUUAUAUUAUGCUUAAACAAAUGGCUCUUGCUUUAUAUUAUGCUUAAACAAAUGGCUCUGUUACUUUAACACAGGAAUGUCAAACUCGUGACGUAUCGCGACUUUUUUCCCAUUGCUGACAAUACGGUGGGCGUAGUUUCGGCGAGGCGCAUCUGGCCUGCUAGCUGGCAGUUUAACAUACCUGCUUUAACAAAUCUUUUUAAACAUUCAUGAGAGAUGCCUACUUACGAUUCAAGAAGAAAAUUGUGAGUUUACAUUUCUCUGGAUGGAAAAGGAGCUUGGGUUGAAUUCAGAUAAAAAUUAGAAAUAAGGAUUUCAGGAUUAGAUAUUAGUUAAAAUAAAUUAGGAUUUAUUGUACAAUGUCAAGACAUAGUUUUAAAUUGAAUCUUGCCACUAAAAGAAUUGUUUGCAUGGUUGUAUGCAGGCAUUAAAGCACAAUGAGGCAAAAGAAAUUCUAUAUUAAUAGAAUGCAUGAAAUGUAAAAUAUUUUGUUUCAAAUCCAAUAAAAACAUAUUUCAGAUGUG